CAAUGUUCCUGGUUCCGGGAAUUUCCGUGACCUUUCAACGCAAAGAGCACGCUCUCAUCUUGAAAAUAUAUGAUGAAGGAAGUAAGUUGCUAGCUCAAAGAGAAAGGAUUAAAUUGAACAAUUUGGUGGAAAAGACGACACAAUGGCUGAACGCUCCCGCGGCUGCAUUCCCAAAAUUAGCUAAACCAGAUGUUCAGUUUUAUUUGAUAUAUCUUCAAAUUGAAGAUAGUUUAUACCACGAUGAAAUUGAAAAAGCAAAAAUGCUGCUGGACACAAUGGACGGUAUAAUACCUCACACAUCUGACCGGAAUUAUUUCGAGAUAAGUAAAAUGAUUCCCGCUUUACAUUAUACCGUAAGAGCAACUCCCUAUUUGAAAGAAGAUUUCGUGAAUUCUGCUUUGAGAGCAGUGCGAGUUUCUGAGCAGUUACUUAAAGGAAGAACGGCUGGUUGGAUAAAUAUGUGCGUAGGUUUAUACAGAGCACGUAAACUGUGGGAGACAGACCAAAGUGAGAACCCAGAGACUUUCAAAAUACUCGAAGAUGAGUGUCACAAUUGUUUUAACCACGCUCUAGAAGACUUUUCCGCCGAGGAGGGCAUUGACGGUCCCCACGGGUAUAAUAACACGUCCAUUCGCAAAGCGCUUCUCCAUCUUAGCUGUGACAGUGUAACAAUGCGGAAUAUUCCAAGUAGUUUUGAGGACAUAAAAGCGGCGGAGAAUCUUCUCCAUAAGGUUGAAAAUUCAGAUUAUGGCGUUCCAGGCCUUUUGGAACCUUACUACAAAUUGGCGCUGAGUGAUCUUUGCUACAGGCAACGAAGGUACGAACGUUCACGACAAUAUGCUCAUGCCGCACAAGACAUCGCUCACAGAAAUAAAAUGACAGAGCUUGAAGCCAGAGCAAAGAAGAGAUUGGAACAUUUGCAGCAGUUCUGUGGAGCUUCUGAGAGUGAUGAACUGAACGAUAUAUUAAAAGGGUAGAACCGCUGCCAUGACGGUGAGCAAAGAACUGGUAGCCAGAGCAACUACGCAGAGCCUUGUGGGAAGUAGUGCGCCUCCGGAU